AUGGAGUCAUCACGCAAAUGCAAAAAACCUCGCAAGAAGGUUCGAAAGAUUCAACGAACAUUGACGUGCAAAGUGUGCAAUUUCAACUCGGUUCCAUCGUGCAUGAGGAAAUGCCCAAUAUGUCUAGAAGCGUGGCAUAUUUCAUGUGCUCCGACAAAAACUAUCAGUUGUUUAUUGGUUUGUAAUGAUUGUGGAACACUACACGAUAAUGUAAGUUUAAAAAUUUUCAAUUUACUUUCAAAAUGAAAAUAUUAUUUUCAGCAAAUGAAACAAAUCCAACGACCGCGUUUGAAUGCCAUUCAACAAGUAAGUUCACUUUUAUUCCAUUUUUAUUUUCAAAAAAUGAUCUAUUUUUUUCAGGAAAAUCGAAUCAGGCCUAACAAACUCGCUCCUCAAAAUGUCCCAGAUGUUCGCUUCACUCGUUCAAGAUCUCGUCAAAUGGUUGUUCUUCAACAAAAACAGGUACUUUUCAGAACGCAUAAUAUUCCCGAUGCAAAAACUGAAACUCAACAUUUGGAAGUUGCGAUCAAUUUCACAUCAGAAGAUUCGAAAUUCCAAAAAAUCCCUCAAGUUCCCUUAAUAUGUUUUUUCAGAAACCAUUGGCCAGAAAACGAAGAACCAGAAAGCGUUCUUAA